GUGGAUGAUGGAGGAUAAAAGGCCAUCGGGUUUCCAUUCUUCUAUAUUGUAUCAAUUUCUUCAGGUUCAACAUAUAUAUUGAGAAGAUCAACUUCGACCAGACUUUUACUUUAUUCAAGAUGGAGGAACUCAACGGCUGGAGUGUUCAGAAAGAGAGGAUCAAUCAACUCUACAAUGUUGAAGAGAAAACACUUUCCGAGGUUUGAGCUAUCAUGGAAGAACAAUUUGGGCAUAAAGGAUCGUAUGUGCUUUCUCGUCUACCCUUCCGUUCCUUCCUCGGCAUUUUCUGUACAUUGAACGCAGACAUAUUGCACCCUUCCUCUUGCCCUAAGCGCUGCUUUUGCCAUACUUUGGAUCAGAAGCUUCCACGACGACUAUGCUCACACAUUUGUAGGUUAAAACAGUACAAAGGCCGAUUGAAGGCCUGGGGUUUUGAUAAGAAGAACAUCAAGGAUGCAGACAUGAGAGUUAUGCUUCGAAAGCAACCCAAAAGGAAGAUCGAUGAUGGCAAAGAGACCGAGUUUUUCUUGAACGAGAAACAAGUGCCGCCAGUAAAGAUGAACUGCUUUGUUAAGAGGAAGAAGUUGGAUGAUGAUAUGAUUGCCGCUGCAGAUAUGCGUAGGUGAUUCCCUUCAUACUAGAAUAGUUGCUGACAGAAGAGUAGCCACACCAUCUUAUAUCACUUGUCAAACACCAGAGCCUACAGCAGAUAUCGAAGGCACUUCUAGAGAUAUCGAAGCUAUCUCACAUGAUAUGCAAGUCAUGAUGACAAUCCCAGAAGAUGAUGAGGUACACAAUCAGACCGAAUCGGACGAUGUCGACAGCAAACCGAACAAUAAGUCUAUUAUAUCCUCCUCGAGAGAAGUUUUGGAAGGACCUCUUCAAAAUACUGUCGACGUCGAUUCAGACAUACCUGGAACCAAGUAGGAGCAACAAGAAUAUGCUGCACGGGUAAGCCCCCGUAAUACGCUUAGCAGUGGUGCCUAUUGAUUAAUGGGCUUUAGAUGGCACACUUAAUUUUACAUAGUGACCGGUCCGACCUCGAAACCAUUUUGCAAGACGAGCCAGCAGAACUUUUGUUCAACAAUAGAUCUGAUCCAAGAUACAAUUCAAUAUUGAGCGUAUUUGUAUCCCGGGGGAGGAGAGACGGAGCUUACCCUGUGGUUCCCCAAAUACUUGAGCUUGCAUUGCUUUUCUUGUUUCACCUAAGAAAGCGUGUACCCAAGAUUGUGCCUUCUUUUAGCACAAAAUCUUUCGAAGCAUAUAGCGAGUACUGAUUGUUUACAGCCGCACAAUGCUUGAGCGCCUAUGGUAAGUUAGUUUAAUACACCGACCUUCUGAAAUCCCCAAUUACCUGCUGACUACUCGCUAGUUCUAUUUUCCAGGGACCCUGCGUGGCAAUUUGAUAGAAUCAAUGAAGUUCCUAGGGUCAACCGUCGUACGGGAGCAAAGAUCUUCUACAAGAUAUGAAUUUCACCAUAGUUGCUGCUCACAAAGGAGAAUGGGGUACAUGGAGACAAUCCUUGAGAAAACUGCAGCCAUUUACCCCCGGGAAAUUAUAAUGAGGAUAAUACGCCAUUCCAAACCAGCGAUCUCAAGAAUAUUCCAUUUGGACCGCAGGCACCACUGAGAAGUGAAUACAUUACGGAACUGCUCAAAGAAGACACAAAAACGUCUUACUCACUAAUCGCCGCUAGUGCACCUCUUCACUUGAAAAACCACACAAACAACGUCCCUUUCAUACAACGAUCGCGCACAGCACCUCCCUUAAUCGACCACACACGCAAUGAGAAUCUCGAACAAGGAAUAGAAACGAGUUUGGCACCUCCUCUCGAGUUGAUUAGUGCUCGCUAUCACCUUUCCAACUCACCAACGUGGUAUUACGACGAUAUCGAAAGAUCAAAUCUCUUACACCACCUGUCCCCUGCUCUCUUCAACACGCAAAGCCCAUAUACAGCAAUCUACAAGGCGCAAUCUCCGCAAUACCGCUUCGGAAUGGCGAAUUCACCGCAGCUGGCGAGGCUGCUGGAAACUCCACCAAUGUCUGCGUUUCCCUACUAA